AUACGAUGAAAGCUCAUGCCCUUUCAUUUAAAUCCGAAUACUUCACCUUCCAAAAACACAGUCCUUUGUAUUCAACAAGAGAUCUGUUCCCCUCUGCAGCCCAUCCUGUCGUCCCACCUGGGCAUCCAGGACACCUGCGGGGUCCACAAUCUGCACGGCAUGCCCGGCAUCCUGGGCGGGUUGGCUGGCAUUGUGGCUGUGGCUCUGGGGAAGAUAGAGGGAGGUAAUGCUGUCAUGCAAGCUGCUGCCUUGGCUUCGUCCCUAGGGUUCGCUUUGGUUGGAGGUGCAUUUACAGGUUUAAUAAUGAAGCUGCCAUUCUGGGGCCAGCCUCCGGACCAGAACUGCUACGAUGACUCUCUUUACUGGGAGGUUCCUGCUGAGGAGGAGGAGAACGAGGAGAGCUUGGCUCACGCCGAUCACUCGAAGAACAAAGCAGAGGUUUAAAAAUCUGCUUUCUGUCCCCUGAGCUAGAAACUAAGAAGGAUCAAUAAUCAGCUACACCAUGUCAACAGACGUCAAUUUGCCAAUUAUAUGAAUGUGAUUACAUGCAUUCAAGAAAUUUGACGAUAUGCUCUACGAACCGACACAAGUCAAAUUGAAACUGUUUUACGAGCAAAGAUAUUUCCGGCAGUGUGAGUUCAAAAUUGUAAUAAGAUUAAGCAGUGAACUUUUUACACAAUAUUUUGAACUUUCUAAAAAUUGUUGACAUAAAUAUUUGGUUAAUCCCAUUGACACUAAGACAACACAUUUCAAUAAUUUGAAACAGGGAACUUCAGGGAUUUCUUUUACACUGAUUUUAAAACCACAGUGGACCAACUCAUUCACUGCUGAUACACUUCCAUAAGCUCUUUGUUUAUUUCAUUUUUAUAUUAUCAAAAGCAUGUUUUUUUAAGAUAUUAGUAAUUAGUGUGUAUUUCUUUUCAUACAUUAUUUUAUUUUUCCAAAUACUUGGCGCAUGUGUUUCUGCUGAGGUUGAGGUCAGAGAGAGGAGUUAGCUCUUCUGACCUGCUGCCUCACGUCACCUCACUGGAGCCCGGCCCUUCUGCAGGAGUCAGUCAAUCUGCGUGAACCAGCAGCUCUGACACGGGCAGGGAUAGUCGCAUUAUAUGUUGUAACUAAUGAACUUAUCUCCCGCUGCGUACGAUCAUUUUCUAUCUAUGUGUUGGCAGCUGUACAAUUUCUUUAAUGCAUAGAGUAUGAAUGUAUUUAGCAUUAAAUUGGUUGUUACUGGGCAAGCUAAAGUUCCUUUUUUGUCUGCUUUCUAUUUACAUCCAAUGUAUUCUUCUUACAUGUACAUACUUUUAGACGGAUUGACAUGGUCAGUUUUAUCAAAGUCCUGCAUUGUUGUAAAAGAGCAACUGGUACUGAAUUAUUUUUCAGAUGCCUUUAAAAUAAUUUCAACAGGAACUUACACAUUAAAAAUAAAAAAGUCUGACAUUAAAACAAGAUGCAAAUGUGAAGAUGAAUACACUUUUUUACAAUGUCGGGUGUUCAGCUGUAUUCUUUUCUUCUGUUUUUCUUGCGGUGAGUUACUGUUGGAAUCAUUUUAAAUAAAUAACUGCAGGGCUAGAUAAAACUGACUACACAUACAGCAGUGUUAAUCAAUAUUUUGGUUUGUCAAACGAUGUAUGAUGCCCAGAACACUGAAACACAUCACAUUUUGUAUUUUUAUACAGUGGGCAUGUGCUCUUAUUUGUAUAAUAUACUAAUACUGUCAUAAUAAAUAUGUUUUUGUACAAUA